GCCACGCUGGUAUCCAAAGAAGACCACGACGUUGGUGAAUGACAAGCUGCUUAAGAAAAGCGUGCUCGUCCUUAAAAAAAAAAAAAAAAAAUUGCAAGAAAUAAAGAAUGUGGCUGGAGACAUCAAAGGGGGCAUUUUCUCGAGCUAGCGCGGGCAGUCGUGGGCGCUAUUGUUUUGCAGUGUCACUUGGUAGCGAGCUUCAGACUUUGUCGUUUGGGUGGCUGUGUUUUUAAAAGCCCAGUGUAAAAUGGCACUCACACUGCAUUUUUUUCCGAGCUGCAGGAGGCGGGGGUAGCGGGGGAUAGUGCAGACUGUAGGGACGCUGGCCGCCCAGCCAAUCAGAGCCCGCCUGCUUGCCAUCGCAAAGUUGUUAACCCCAGAGUCUUCUGGCUGCCGCUGCCUCCUCUGCUUUUAAUCUUCGUGGAUAUUUCUCCGAUUUUUUUCCCAAACGCCCACAGAUCCUGGGGAAGCCACCCCAUGCAGCCACCGAUAAUGGAAGAAAGUCUGACUUUUUCUUUACCAGAUAUUUUAAAGAUGUUGGAAGAUCCAUACGCUGCCUGGAGGCUGUUGUUUCUAGGGACACAAGUAUCCAGCCUAUAUUGUUACAAUUCUUUUUCCAGAACUGGCUUCUUCUUUGCCUCCACUAAUGGAACACCAUCUUCAGCGGGCUAUUUCAGCACAGCAGGUGUAUGGCGAGAAGAGGGAUAACAUGGUUAUACCAGUCCCAGAAGCAGAAAGUAACAUCGCUUACUAUGAGUCUAUAUAUCCUGGGGAAUUCAAGAUGCCAAAGCAGCUCAUUCACAUACAGCAGAUAACCCAGAUAUCAGUGAGAGGUUUCUGUCCGUGUUUCCACACGGUAAAUGAUCGCGUGUGGUUUCUUCUGUCAGCUUUUAGUUUGGAUGCUGAGCAGCCCGAUUAUGAUUUGGAUUCUGAAGAUGAAGUAUUUGUGAAUAAACUGAAGAAGAAAAUGGACAUCUGCCCAUUGCAGUUUGAGGAGAUGAUUGACCGUCUAGAAAAAGGCAGUGGUCAGCAGCCAGUCAGUCUGCAGGAAGCCAAACUACUGCUAAAAGAAGACGAUGAAUUAAUUAGAGAAGUUUAUGAAUACUGGAUUAAAAAGAGAAAAAACUGUCGAGGUCCGUCUCUUAUCCCAUCAGUAAAACAAGAGAAGCGAGAUGGUUCGAGCACAAAUGAUCCUUACGUGGCUUUUAGAAGACGAACUGAAAAAAUGCAGACGCGGAAAAAUCGCAAAAAUGAUGAAGCCUCUUAUGAAAAAAUGCUUAAGCUGCGUCGAGACCUAAGCCGGGCUGUUACUAUUCUAGAGAUGAUAAAAAGAAGAGAAAAGAGUAAAAGAGAGCUAUUGCACUUAACACUGGAAAUUAUGGAAAAGAGGUAUAAUUUGGGUGACUACAGUGGGGAGAUCAUGUCUGAGGUCAUGGCUCAGAGGCAGCCAGUGAAGCCCACAUACACCAUCCCCCUCAUCCCCAUCGCCAACAGCAGUCAGUUCAAACACCAGGAGGCGAUGGACGUGAAGGAAUUUAAAGUUAAUAAGCAAGAUAAGGCCGAUCUUAUCCGACCUAAACGUAAAUAUGAAAAGAAGCCCAAAGUCUUACCUUCGUCUGCUGCUGCUGCUCCUCAACAGGCCAGCCCCACCACGCUGCCGGUUUUCAACGCUAAAGACCUGAACCAGUAUGACUUCCCCAGCUCGGACGAAGAGCCUCUCUCCCAGGUUCUGUCUGGCUCUUCAGAAGCUGAGGAAGAGAAUGAUCCCGAUGGCCCUUUUGCUUUCCGAAGGAAAGCAGGCUGUCAGUACUAUGCUCCUCACUUAGACCAAACUGGCAACUGGCCUUGGACUAGUCCUAGCAACGGAGGAAUAGGGGAUGUGCGAUACCGAUACUGCCUGACCACCCUGACUGUGCCCCAGCGGUGCAUCGGAUUUGCACGAAGACGGGUUGGGCGCGGUGGAAGGGUCUUACUGGACAGAGCGCACUCAGACUACGACGGCGUGUUUCGCCAUCUGGAUCUGGACAUGCUUUCCUCACCACAACAUUCUCCAGUCAAUCAGUCUGCCAAUACCUCAGAAACAAAUACCUCGGACAAAUGUUUCUCUAAAGACCUCAGUCAGAUACUCGUCAAUAUCAAAUCAUGUAGAUGGCGGCAUUUUAGGCCUCGGACACCAUCCCUACAUGACAGUGACAAUGAUGAACUCUCCUGUCGAAAACUGUAUAGGAGUGUAAAUCGAACAGGCACAGCACAACCCGGGACCCAGACAUGCAGUACCUCUACGCAAAGCAAAAGCAGCAGCGGUUCAGCACACUUUGCAUUUACAGCCGAACAAUACCAGCAACAUCAACAGCAGCUGGCACUCAUGCAGAAACAGCAGCUUGCACAAAUUCAGCAACAGCAAGCAACGAGUAAUUCCUCCACCACCAUGCCACAGAACCUUGCAUCUAACCAGCAGAAAAGUGGCUUUCGCCUGAAUCCACAUCAUAGCCACUCUAUA